AGAAAGAAGUUAUCAACGAAAACUGAGGUGAAACUAUUCAGUAUUCUAAUGGGAAAAGAAGAAAUUUGGAAACAGUUACAACAAGUCGUCUGUGAGUUUGUAGAGGGGAAAUUAUCUUUUUUUCCACUGAACGAGAGUAUGUGGGAACUGGUUUCUUACCGUGUGCUUCGUCCCAAAACAGAAAAUGGUACUGAUAAAGCCACAGGAAGUUUAUCUUGUGUUGAUGAAGAAGAGAAUAUGACUGAAAAUAGUGAAACUUUAACACUAUGUUCAAAACCUAUGGAGUUGGAGAACGAAGAAAGUUCGUCAGAGAAAUUGAUGAGUGUGUUAACCAUUUCACCUUCCUCUCCAAUGGGUUUUGCUCUUAUGCAAUGCUCAGAAAGCCAGAGCCUUUCCUCCUUUGAUAGGAAAGAACUAGUAGGAGAAUUUUAUUCCAUCGACGACUUGUUAACUUAUGAGCCUUUCUGUGCGGAUUUUGGACCACUGAAUUUAGGACAAUUAUAUCGAUUUAUCCAACUGACGAAUAAGAAAAUUGUUGAUGCGAGAGAUUCUUGCGUGUAUUUUUAUUGUAGAGAUGAGGAUAAAUACAUAACCAAUGCUGCUAUUCUAAUAGGAGGUUAUGCAUUGUUUCAUUUGGGAAUGUCUACAGAAGAAGUUUAUAAAAGACUGGAGAAAUUGGAAUCACGCUUCUGUAAUUUCAAGGAUGCUUCCUUUGUGAAGUCUUCUUUCCAACUUACUGUAAAACAUUGUAUUGAUGCACUCGAUAAGGCCAAAAAAUGUAGGUUUUUUGAUCCUGAGACUUUUGAUAUUGAAGAAUAUGAAUUCUUUGAGCAACCUUUGCAUGGAGACCUUAACUGGAUAGUACCUGGAAAACUUCUUGCUUUUAGUGGUCCUACUGCCGUACGUACUUUAUCUCCUGAUGGUUCACGUUCUUUUACUCCAGAAGAUUAUAUUCCCUACUUUCGUAAAAAGAAUGUUACUUGUGUUGUUCGUUUGAAUAACAAGAUGUAUGAAGCAAGGAGAUUUGUUGAUGCAGGUAUUCAUCAUUAUGAUUUAUACUUUGAAGAUGGAGGAAUUCCUUCGAGAGCAAUUUUACAACAGUUUUUAAGUAUUUGUGCUACAGAACAAGGAGCUAUUGCAGUGCAUUGCAAAGCUGGUUUAGGUAGAACUGGAACACUGAUAUGCUGUGCUCUGAUGAGAUAUUACGACUUUCAAGCUGUAGAAGCCAUUGCUUGGGUACGCAUAUGUCGACCAGGUUCCGUAAUAGGAAAGCAACAAAAUUUCUUAGUAAGACAAGAAAUGGAAAUUCGAUCAGGCGAUGUAUUUAUGGACAACAAGAUAAUGGAACAAAACGACAAUACGGAAAUACAAAGCCAAGACGAAACUGUAGCAGGUAGACAUAGGGAAAGUUGGGAAAGUACUCUAACCAGUAGAGCAAACAGAAGAUUUCUACGAGAAGAGUCAAUGACAACACGAAAGUCCAAGUUUGGUCGACCUUUGGUUACUUGCGUUAUUAAGGAACCUGACCCAGUAUUUCUUAGUUCCUCUUCUCCUCAAUAAGCCAUGAAAGUUGCAUAACGUUUGAAAUUGCUUUCAUUUGUUCUACAUCGACUGACUAAAAUUGAAU